UGAAAAGUUAACAACAAAGCGGUUAGGCAACGAAAGCAAUUUUUCCGUCCCCAAUACUUUUUCCAUCCAACGCACAGUCACUGCCAACGAGUAGGUAUCGUGUUCCGAGUAGUAAAUUAUUAUUGCUCCUGUCGUGUAACUCGAUUUUCAUAUUUGUACAUUUAUCCGUAAUACUGUUUAAUUAUUACCGUUCGUUAGCUCGUACACAAAAACAAAGUACGUUGUGUGUGUGUAUGUGUGUGUGUGUGUGUGUGUACACUUGUCGUAUAGAUAAUCUAGGAUGUAUUCGUUAAGGUCGUUUUUAGUUGUUGCGUUUAUGCUUUGCGCUUCAAUCGAGGUGUUUUCCCAAAAUGCUGCAGACCAACGAGCUAGACUGUUGGUGUCCAAACAAGUACUAAACAAAUUACUAGUCCAGGAAUCCGAUAUCUUAGUCAAAUAUACAAUUUACAAUGUGGGUAGUGUGCCGGCAACAAAUGUCGUAUUGCAAGAUAACGGUUUCCCCGCAGAAGCGUUCGCCACGGUCAAGGGAAAUCUGAACAUUAGAUUCAACAGGAUACCGGCCGGCGCUAACGUGACCCACGCUGUUGUUGUCAAACCUCUUACGUACGGCCGAUUCAACUUCACUUCUGCAUUGGUUCAGUACAAGCCAUUCGAAAGCGCCGAAGAACCUCAAUUCGCCAUUAGCAGUGAACCCGGUGAAGGAUACAUCAUCAGCUAUGCCGAAUACGAUAAAAAAUUCUCUCCUCACGUGAUGGAUUGGUUGGCAUUUGCUAUUAUGUCCUUGCCGGCAGUGGCAGCUCCGUUUGUGUUGUGGUGGUUCAGCAAGAGCAAAUACGAAUUAAUUUUGAAACAAAAACGUGAAAAAGUGUCCAAAGAUUGAAUGAAAACCCAAUAAAUAAAAAAAUUUGUAAAUUAAUAUUGCCUAAUUAUAAUAAUAAGUUGAA